AAUGUCAAAAAAAGUUAAACGUGAUGAAAGACGUGCCAAACUUUUAGAUCCAACUACAACGGCACAAAUCGAUGAACGCACAAUAUUGAUGUUAACGAAAAAAGGUUAUCGUUUAAUGACCAUUGUUGGUUUCGGUUCAUAUGGCGAAGUAUAUAAAGCUGAACGAUUACGUAACAAUGAAAUUUGUGCCGUCAAAAUUAUUGAUCUAUUGCGAUGUAGUCAAAAAUAUAUGCAAAAAUUUUUACCAAGAGAAUUGGCCGCAUUGAUGGAAAUAAGACAUGAAAAUAUAAUUCGUGUUUAUGAUAUAUUUCGUUCCAAUAAAAAGAUUUAUGUUUUUAUGGAAUUUGCUGCCAAUGGUGAUUUGGCUAAAUAUUUAAAAAAACAUGGUAUGCUUUCCGAACGACGAGCUAGAAUAUGGUUUAGACAGGCAUGCCAAGCACUUCAUUAUCUUCAUGAGGAAAUGUGGACGGCACAUCGUGAUAUUAAGAUCGAAAAUCUAUUACUUAAUGACAAAUGGAAAAUUAAAUUAACGGAUUUUGGUUUUGCUACCGAUGUACUCGAUAUGAAUGAAGAUAAUAUUUUAAGCCAAACAUUUUGCGGUACAUUGCCAUAUUAUUGUCCACAAAUAUUUCGUCGACAACCAUAUAAUCCAUUCAAAGCUGAUACAUGGGCAAUGGGUGUUCUAUUAUAUGCUAUGACACAUAAUCGAUUUCCAUUUCAUCAUCGUGAUCCUAAACGUAUGAUGCUUGAACAUAUGGAUAAAUUAUAUAUGCCUACAAGGAUACGAGAAAGUGCUUCGGAAGAAUUAAAAGAUUUAAUAUUGAAAUUAUUGGAAACCGAUGAAGAACAACGAAUAUCUACUACCGAUAUUAUAGCCCAUCAAUGGCUAUUGUAUGAUGAUGAAACAAUGAGCGAAUUUGACAAAUAAAUAAACAAAAAUAAUUAUAUUUUAUCGAGUAAUAAUCAUAUUUUUUAACAAAUCAAUAAAACACGAGUUUUUAAUCAAUUUUAAAUUAAAUUUAUUUUCACAAACAUAUAAAU